CUUGAAGGCGGGAAGCUGUGAGCAGCCUCACUGAAGGAGGUGCAGCGUCCUCCUCCCGCGUCAUGCUGCUCCCGCGCGCGACCGACGCGCGCGGGCAGCUGCUCUCAGCGGACGCACGCGGGCGCCUUCCGCCCUAAAGGAGAGGACGGGAGGAUGGAGGACCGACACCGGAGCCGGACUCCCGGGAGCCAGAGCCGGGUCCGCAAGGAGAGCAAGCUCCGGUUGCGGGUUCUACUCCUGGACGACAGCGAGCGCACGUUUGAGGUGGAGCAAAACGUUUUAGGCGCUGAUUUCUUCAACAAAGUCUGUGGUCAUCUGAAACUUCUGGAGAAGGAGUACUUCGGUUUGGAGUUCAGGCACCACAGCGGCCAUUAUGUCUGGUUGGAGAUGAUGAAGCCCCUCAUCAAACAGAUUAAAUACACCAGUGAUUUAUUCUUCAGAUUUAUAGUCAAAUUUUUUCCACCUGAUCCUGGACAGCUAAAGAGAGGCCUCACCAGGUAUCUUUUUGCCUUACAGAUAAAGCAGGAUUUGUCGAACGGCAGUCUAACAUGUAACGACAACAGCGCUGCCUUGCUCAUCUCCCACAUUCUGCAGUCAGAAAUAGGGGAAUAUGACGAGGAGCUGGACUAUCAACAUCUGGAGACGAAGCAAUAUGUGCCCAACCAGGAGUACCUGGACCACAAGAUCAUGAAGUUUCAUAAGAGACACAGAGGAAUCUCUCCUGCAGACUCUGAUGUCCACCUGCUAGAGGUAGCGAGGAAGCUGGACAUGUACGGGAUCAGACCGCACCCUGCCCAUGAUGGGGAGGGACAGAGAAUAAACUUGGCUGUCACUCAUUCUGGAGUACUGGUCUUUCAGGGAAACACCAAAAUCAAUACGUUCAGCUGGGGAAAAAUCCGGAAGUUGAGCUUCAAGCGUAAACAUUUCCUGAUCAAACUACACGACAAGAUCGGGCAGUCGUGCAAAGACACUCUAGAGUUCGCCAUGGCGAGCCGGGAUGUUUGCAAAUCCUUCUGGAAGAUGUGUGUGGAGUAUCACGCUUUCUUCAGGCUCUCUGAGGAACCAAAGGCUGUGCAUAAAACUCUGCUGUCCUGUAAGGGCUCCAGGUUUAGAUACAGCGGGAGAACUCAGAAACAGCUGCUGGAGUGUUUGGGAUCAGGGGAGAAGAAGGCUUUGCACCUGGAAAGAACCUUCUGUCAGUCCGACUUUGACCCCAGACAGUGCCGAUCUUCUCCAGAUCUCCUCACCGAUGUUUCCAAGGAGAUGUACGAACGCGGCCACCUGUUGCCGCGGGCCAGGCGCGCUCUGGAGGUUCACAGUCAGGACGAAUCGGAGCCCCGGCGGCGGCGUGCAGACAACGCGGAGGGAGGAGCCAAAGCCAGCCACUCCUCUGUUGAGGUCGCACGGAGGAAUCAACCCUUCUGUCAAGUCACCCCCCUCCCUCUGUCUCCCCACCACUCCACACCCUCUCCCAAGCUACGCCACGCCUCCACCCCACAGAACGGGGCUCAGCGCCAAGCCCAAAGGCUGGCCGGUGUCUACGGCAACAGAUCCCGCCGCCGGCCCAACCCCCAGCCGCACCCGGAUGCUGCACAGCAGCUGGUGCUCCUCUACCCCAACAGCCCUGCGUACCAGUAUCACCCCGUUCUGCCCUCCUUCCCCUUCACUACCUCCUCGCCACUCAACCGUCCCCCCUUCUUGGCGGACUACGUUACGGUUUCCUCUCUGGAGCGUUUCCCACACGUGAGGAGGCGGGACUACGCUCCAGUGGACAGUGCGUCACGGCCCGCCUUCUAUCCAGUAAGUCAGGAUUUGCCGCCGUUUUCUCCGGUUCGGAGGAACUUCCGCCCGUCCGGUUCCGGCGGGCUGGGACCAGCGAGGGUUUACCAGCUGGGGAGCAAUGGAGCACGCCAUUUGGGUGUGAGACAUGUGGAGGCGGGGCAUUACAGCGACGACUCCAACUUCCUGCCAGGGCUGCCUCGUCGCACCGCCAGCCAACCAGAGGUCAAGUUCCUGUCAAGGAGCACAAACCCCGCCUUUAACCCCGCCUCUGAGUUCCGCCCACUUGGUUACUACCCCCACCUAUCCCGGCCUACCAGACCCACCUACCUCCCACUUAACUCCUCCCCCCUCCCCGAGCGCCCCACCUCCCUCUGUAUGUUCACAGGUGCCUCUGGAAGCUACAGCGACUCCGACCCGGAGGUCUUCUACCCGUACUACUGCCCGCCGCCGCCUGAGGCGGGGAAGGUCGUGGGGUCAGCUGGACUUGCCAGAAUGAGGUUUUCCUCUGGAAGCCUUCAACUGGACGAGGAAGAUGAGGUAGAGGAGGAGGAAAUGGCUCAAGCCGCAGCCAAGAAAGAGACAAAGAGCGACCCGGAAAGGACUGGGAGGAGUCAAGAGGGGGAGGAGGGGAAAGGAGGAGUGAAGAUUACCCAGGUCACACUGUAGAGGAGGUUGAAGGUCUACAGACUGAAGAAGAGCAGAGAUUCAGGUCUGACGUCCAACGUGAGCUGGGAACUAAACUGUACCGUUGCCUUUUUCUAGUCAAACUAAUUCAAACAUUUGAUUCAUUUGGUAAAACUUUAUUCGUUGUUGAUAACUCUGUAAUUUUGACGUUCUCCGCCCACAAGACGCUCAGAGACUCUUAACGCUUUGGCGAACGUGCAGAGGAGAUUGAUUUUUUUUUCAUUGAUACUUUAGAUACUAUAGGUUGUUGUGGCAACCAUGCAACAUCUUUUUGUCAAUAAAAUGUGAAAUUUGCUUCAACUUGA